UUUUUGAACGUCUGCAUAGUUCCAGAGCAUUGCUUGUGGUCCAUGUUUACUCAUGCUGGUGAUCUGUGAGAAGAAAUUUAUUUUCUAUAAAAGCUAAAUCUAGACAUUCUGCAUCAUUAAUAUUAACUUAUGCAUACAUUUGUGAAGCAUUCUGAUUAACUUAAAUCAACUCAAUGGGCACGUAAGAAAUUUCCAUUUUUAUGUAACUGUGAUUGAUUCAUUAGUAUUUAAAUUUUACAGUAUUAUUAAUAUUCAUUCUUUAUUAAUUCAUGAUAUAAAAUCUUAUUUGCUUUGUUUACAGUAUUUAGAAUAUAUUGCUCUCCAGGGAGGAAUAAACAAUAUAUUUGCUAAGUAAUCAUGUGCCAUGGUCUGAAGUAUGGGCAGAUAGAAUUUGACCUUAUUAUCCCAUCUUUGAGACAGAUUCUAACCCCUGGUUCUAUCAAUCAAGGAAUCUAAAGAAAAACAAUCUCUUAUGAUUAUCUUGUUGUAGUGGGCUCCAUAAGCAAGAAAAUGUUUUCUUAAUAGUGUUUUUAGUUCCCUUAUGUUUCGAAUGAGUUUUCAGUGUUCACACUGUGGCGAGAGCUGGCUGCUCUAAGUGGCCUUGAUCUGGCAGCGCUACCGUAAGAGUGAGUUUUAUCUCAGCACUGGCAGCUUAGCAACUGCACUUUCAAAGGAUGCAGAAAAUAGAUAGAGAGACCUCAGUAAGAUUUGAUGACCAAAACUUUGUAACCUUGUUACAUUAGUGCAUUCUUUGGUUUCUUUGCCCAAAAUGGGGAAUCGUCCUUGCAGCCAGGCCAUAAUAACAGUCUUACAACACUUGUUAGUCCAAAGAAGAUAAGUGAUACCCAACAAUAGAUUGUGCCCAAGGACCAACUGAGCCUGCACACAACGCUGAAAAUAUGACCAAUAUUAAUCCCUAGUGCAUUAUAAUACUAAAAUAGUAACUGGUCCUAUAAGCAAGAAAAUGUUUUCUCAGUAAUGUUAACUUAUCUGUAUCUUUAAUGUGAAUUAUUGCAGACAGCACACAGUUUAAUCCUGCAUUUUAAACCAUGUGGCAAUCCCUGUCUUUUAAUUAUUCUGUUUAGACCUCUCAUUUAAAUUAAUAACAGAUAUAGUUGAAUCACAAUAUAUCCCUUGCUGUUUUUCAUUUGCUACUUUUUUCUUUUUUUUGACCUGAUUUAAAUGGAUGUUCCAUUUUUUUCUUUAUUUCUCUUUUUUUGUCCUCUUUUAUAAUAAAUGAGCAUUUUAUCUAACUGUAUUAUAUCUCAUCUAGAAAUUUAUUAUUUAUACCUCUUUAAAAUAUUUAGUGGUCACUUUUAAUUCAUUAAUGACUACACUUCCAAAUAAUAUUAUGCUGUUUUUCAUGUACAUGAGUCAUUUCAAUAACAUAUCCCCGAUCCUUUUUUCUGUCUCAUUCUUUUUGCUAUUAUUCUCAUAAUCUUGACUUUUAUAUAUGCUAUAAACUUACAAUAUUUUGCUUAUUUUGCUUUAGGCAGUUAAUGAUCUUUUAGAAUGAUCAAAAAUAAGUAAAAGCAAUGAAUAUAUUCCAUUUCCAAUGUUCUUUGUUCCUUUGUAAAAUCCAGGUUUCAUCCUAUCAUAUUCUUCCUGCUUGAAAAACUUGCUAUAGAAUAUCUUAUGGUAUAUCUGAUAGCCAUAAAUUUUUUAAGUUUUUGUUUAAUCAAUGAAUGUUAACCAAUGACUGAGUCCAGUAGUGUUGCCCUUCCUCACACAGAUCACAGUGUUUUAUCUUCUGUGGAAUUAGAGGAGAAUUUGAUUCUUCUGUGGCAAAACAGAGUUUCUGAUUUGAGUAGCAAAUCCAAAGAAAAAUGAAAGAAAAUAAAUGCCCCUCCAGUCCAGUCCUGUGUUUCUCUCCUGAGCACAGGUACAGUUGCUAGUUCCUGCACAGGUGCAAAGCUGGGACAACUGUCCCUGGGAAGAUAACGUUCCCUUAAAAGAUGCUGCGAGCAGCCACUGUCCCCUUGUCAAAGCCCUUUAGCUUGGCCAAGCCCAUUGUGGAGAAACCUGAGGCUGAUGCGGUACACUCUGAAUGAGGAGCAGUGCUGAGUCCUCCACCUGUGACUGUACACCUAGAUCUUCCAAGAUUAGAUCCCCAUCCAACCAUGUCUGCACACCUGAGUCUUCCAAGAGUAGCUCUCCACCCAACUUUUCCUGAAUAUCUGGAUCUCCCAGAUCAGAUCUCCAUCCAAAUGGGUCUAUACACCUGAGCCUUCCAAGAGUACACCUUGAUCAAGCUAUUCAUGUUCCCUUGGUUGCACCAUAAGGAACACUUUUUAGGACUCUUUUAAACAUUUUAUGUGAGUGUCUGGUGGGAUUCUUGAAGGAGGAGCCUGAAAUAGGGUGAAGAUUUCACUAAUUUCUGCAGUCCCCAGAUUUUUCACUGUCCUAGCAGCCUGUGAUAUGUCUUCACUGGUUUGGAAGCUAUUCUAGAUGAAGUCUUCUAAGAGUUAUCUUAUUGUGUUGACCCAGGUGAGUGGAUAUUCACAUUCCCUUUCCUUGCAGACAGUGUCUGUACUUGGCUUUUAGGUUGUUUUCACUGCAACUCCAGUUCUCUGACAGUUCCAAAAAAGAUCAGAAUUCCAAGUUAUGCCACCCUUUUUCUUGUAAAUAAAGCAGCAAAGCUCAUUCUAGUUCUGUACAUUCCCAGAGAGAAGGCAGAAGUCCCAGGACACUUUUUAGGUGAGACAAGCAUUAGCCACUUCAAAGUGACUCUACUCCUAUUGUACCAGAGUGUCCUCCCAUGGGGGAUUUGCUAAAACAAGACUGUAAGGAUACUGAAGCCUGAGAGACAGGAAAUCAGUGAGGCUCUGCCAGAGCCACUGGCCUGAAGAAGGACCCUAGGGAGCCCCUCUGCCCGUGAACACUCAUUUUCUUCCAAUGGAAAACACUCAGUGACUUCUUUCCACAAGCUGCUAUUUCCUGUCUUUGGUCUCAUUCUCUACCCUCCUGCUUACUAGUCUGGAUGUCACAUUCUCCCGAUUUUUCAAGGGUUAUUCAGGUCUAAUUCCAAAUUUUCUUUUUAAUUUCAGAAUAUCAUGGGGGUACCCAUGUUCUGGUUACAUGGACUGCUUUUCUACUGCUUGAGUUAAAGUUAUAAGCAUGCCCAUCACCCAGAUAGUGGACAUUGUACCCAUCAGGGGCUGUUGCGUCCAGUAUCAGACUGUGGAUUUGUCAGCCCUGGAUGCUUCACUGCAAAACUGUUUCAAGAUGACCAGUAAAUUCCUGUUUGAGGGGAUAUGGAUGGAUUCACAUCUUACACCUCUAGAGAAUGUGUGCUUUGCCCGGGAUGAAUUUCUGGUGAAAGACGAUGAUGUCAUCAUAGUGGGUUACCCUAGAUCAGGAACACACUGGAUGAUUGAAAUUCUCUGUCUGAUCUACUACAAUGGGGACCCUAGCUUGGUCCAAAGUGUCCCAAAUUAUGUCAGGUCCCCAUGGAUAGAGGAUAAUCAUUUUCAGGAAAACAUAAAGAAACAAGAUGGAUCACGCCUCAUGACGUCACAUCUCCCCGUACAAUUAUUCCCCAAGUCCUACUUUACCUCCAAUGCCAAGAUCAUUUAUAUCAUAAGGAAUCCAAGAGAUAUUGUUACCUCUUGGUAUCAUUUAUUAAAAGGAGAAUUGAGACAGAAGCAGCCAAAACAUUUUGAUGAAUUCUUGGAUGACUUUGUGCAAGGCGAACAGAAUGUGUGCUUUGCCCGGGAUGAAUUUCUGGUGAAAGACGAUGAUGUCAUCCUAGUGAGUUACCCUAGAUCAGGCAUCAUUUUCAUGGGAAUAUCUCCUGGGGAAGAGGGUACAAAGUGA